AUGAGGACUCUGGUCACCAUGCACCCACUGCCUUUGCUGCUGCUGCUGCUGCUGCUGCUACAUUCACUGCAGGCCCAGAAGCUUCUAGGGAAUAUCAAUGGUUUCUAUGUGCCAACUGAUAGAAAAGAAUUUGCAGAAUAUUUGGAGGAAGUUUAUGGUACAGGACCUACCAGAAAGCCUUCCAGAGAAAAAGCCCUACGGAAGGUCAUUGCUGAACGUGGGACAAGUUUUAGUAGCAUGUACUGUAGAGAUGAAAUGUGGUAUAGAAAUGUCCACUACAGGCUCCGUUGUGUGCCAGAGAAUUUCUUCCUUUAUAUGGAAUAUGAGGAGCUGCAAGAGAUCUGUAAGACUAAAACAGUGCCAUGUAAGGAUGGAACUAAAAGAUGUAAGAAAAGCAAUAGAAUAAUACAGGCGGUGUAUUGUAGUUUAAUAGAAGGAGAACGAAUGCCAGAUUGCGAAUAUGCAUCUUUUCAGAGGAGGGGAUAUGUCCUUAUCACUUGUCGAUGGCAAAAUGAAACCCAAGAGUUCAUUCCUGAUAGUAUAAAUGAUAUGAUCCCAGACUAG